ACGUGACCCAAUUGCUAUGGUACCGGCAGUAACAAUCAGGCCCGCGGCCCCGCCCCUUCUUGCCGGACCUCCCCACCCAUCCCGCCUCCCAAGCCCUGGGGUGGGCCUCCCCCACCCUCCGGGUCCCCGACACUCCCGGAGCCACUCCAGUUUCAGGGUGCUCCGUGAACCGAAGAGCGCUCUAGGACAAGCAAGGGUAAACAGGGACGAAGGUGAGAAAUUGGAGGAUUAGAACGGUGAGGACUGGUUGGCUGGGUAACUUUGGAUUGAAAAGUACCCUCUGCCUUUUAUCCACACUAAUUUGGCUGCAGUGGCUCUCAUUCAAGGGCCUAUCACUUUGGAUAGCUUAUUACAGCUCUUCUCAUGACAUUCCUGGUGUGCAUGUCACAAGUUACUAGGAUCAAGAACGGAGUCCGUUUUGCUCUCAGAGGCUCUUGGGGCCACCAGCCAAGGUAAUUCUUCUUCUCCUGUAAAUGACCAUCGAGGAAGACAAUGAAUGAAGUGAAAGAAUCCCUUCGCGGCAUCGAGCAGAAAUACAAGCUCUUCCAGCAGCAGCAGUUCACCUUCAUUGCUGCGCUGGAGCACUGCAGGGAGAAUGCCCACGACAAGAUCCGGCCCAUCUCCAGCAUCGGACAGGUGCAGAGCUACAUGGAGCACCACUGCAACAACUCCACGGACCGGCGGGUUCUGCUCAUGUUCCUGGACAUCUGUUCAGAGCUGAGUAAGCUCUGCCAGCACUUUGAGGCCGUGCACUCUGGCACCCCAGUCACCAACAACCUCCUCGAGAAAUGCAAAACCCUCAUGAGCCAAAGCAAUGACUUAAGCAGCCUCAGAGCAAAAUACCCUCAUGACGUGGUGAACCACCUCAGCUGUGACGAGGCUCGGAACCACUAUGGAGGUGUGGUCAGCCUCAUCCCCAUCGUCCUGGACUUAAUGAAAGAAUGGAUCGCCCACUCCGAGAAGUUGCCCCGCAAGGUGCUGCAGCACGUGAGUGAGCCCCAGCCGUGCCAGGAGAGUACCAGGGGAGCCGCUCGUCCUGCCCAGGCCACAGGCACCCAGCUCGGGGCCACUAAACUCAAGUGUAGACCGCUCACAAAAGGCAGCCUCAAACCCAGGGGGGAAGACAAAGGACAUUCAAAACCGCCCUGGAGGCCUCCUGGUGGGAAACUGUAACUCAGCCAGGGUGCCCCGUCACUCCAUCAGUGGAGAGCUUUGCUAUUUAAUUUGGAUGUUACUGGUUGGUCCUUUUUCAUUGGCACCCAUCGUUCCUGUCACUUACUAACCCCAAAGGGAAUCAGCCUUUACUGAGACCCCCCCAUCCCCGGCUUUAACUUCUAACGUUUCCACUUCUACGCAUCAGGCUCUGUGCUGAUGAAGAGGAAACCCACUUACAGGAGCUGCCCAAACAGGGUGGCGUGGUAGAGGGUCCCAGGAAGGCACUGAACUGUCACCUAGUCCUCUGUGAGCCAUACCCGGCUCCAGUGCCAGGCCUGUUCCUGCUGCAGGCUGCAGCUUUGCAGCGAGCCAUUUAGCUGGAGACCAUUGCUCCUUGCCCCACCACCAGCCCCAACUGUAGUCAAGGCACACACUGUCUGCGAGUCAGGGAUGUGCCCCUCCAGGAUGGAGACAGGGUGGGCAUGUGGAACUCAGUGUGUUUAUUUUUAUUUUUUGAGAUAGAGUCUUGCUGUCUCUCUCAGGCUGGAGUGCUGUGGCACCAUUUCGGCUCACUGCAACCUCCACCUCCCGGGUUCAAGUGAUUCUCCUGCCUCAGCAUCCUGAGUAGCUGGAAUUACAGGCACCUGCCACCCGUCCUGGCUAAUUUUUUUUUUUUUUAGUAGAGAUGGGGCUUCACCAUGUUGGCCAGGCUGGUCUUGAACUCCUGACCUCAACUGAUCUGCCCAACCCGGCCUCCCAAAGUGCUGGGAUUACAGGUGUGAGCCACUGUUGCCAGCCAGAUCUCAGUGUAUUUAGUUCUCCAGACCACAGCCAAAGGGGAAUGCACUCACCUUUCCUUCUCGCUUACUUGGGAGAGGGAGACCAUGACAGAAGCCAGAAUUCUGACUUUGUGGCUCCUGAGCAAGGGCAUCGUCAAACCCCAAACACUGUGAAAUGUGUCCCUGGCUUCUGAGCUUGCCCAAAGUAAUAUCUGACUAUUGGUUUUUCCCUUCACAGGGGACGACUUAGCUUCUGUAUUGUUGCUUCCUCAGGGGGAGACAGUCGAGAAUAAAAAGUGUUCUACCACC